ACAUUAGGAAGACCUAUAUGGAUGUGAUAUACUUCCGCAACAGAUGGCAGGAUUCGACCAGCCUGCCCGCAGUCCCGGUGCUGGAGGAGUCGGAGGUCAACGAUGAGGUCACAGAAGAAGGCAGAGUAUCAGUGGAACACUUCCUGCAGGAGUUAGUUUCUGAUAAUCUGAUGGGCCACACUCAACCGGUUUUUCCAGUUCCUCUGCCCACUUGACAAACUGCUGAAUGAGGAAGAACAUUAUGGAGGCGUUGUGGGGCCUCCUGAGCGGCUUGGCUUACUUCCUGACUCCAGGUCAAGAGGAAGACGAGGUAUACUCUCACGUCUUCUUUUCUUCAAGUCGACAUCUUAAAGAACAAUUCAACCUGGGACUUACUUUGAGCUCCAGCCCGCAGACAGAAGCCCCAAAAGAAAUCAUAACACCGUGUCUACAUCCAGAAUCGACAGCUCUGCUUUUAGAAAACCAGGAGGCCAGUGAUGUUCCCGGCGCUUCAAUCCCGACUAUUGUUAUCUCCCACCAUGAUCCUUCAUCUGAACUGCCCAAGGAAGCAGAAACAGAAAAGGAGCCGCAGUCUGCUGAAAACUCUGACUCUUCAAACGAAAACUGUUCCCAAGACAAAACAGAGGACUCUGAUAAUCCCUUAACCUCUCACUUUAAAAUGAUUUUCAGAGGACUGAGUCGAACCAGGUCACAAGAGUCUCUGGUAUCGACAAAAACCAGCAGUGACGAAGACCUGCUUGAGUCAGACUCCUUGCCACACAGCAGCCAGAAUGGAGGCGUGCUGGGGGACAGCGCAGAGGGCCCGUCGUGGCUUCAUUUCAGCACAAGGUCGAUUAAAAAGGAGAAAAUAUGUUUCAGGAUGUCGAGUGGAGUCAACAAGGCUAAAGGGAAGGAUCAGGGCACCUCAACAAGAGGGUUGGACUCCCGGUGUCAGAGGAGCCAAGUCAACUGGGAGCAGCUGGAGGCAACCAAAGCCAUGUUUGAUCUGCUCAAAGAAAUAUCUGGAAACUCCAUCCUCAUAAACAUAUUUGAUGCCAUUUUGAAACCUGUUAUGCCCAUCUUGAAAAAAAAAGUGAACUCUUUUCUGAACAAGAUGAACCCGACAGAGGUGCAGAUGGCCGGGUACAUCGACACCCUGCGUGACAAACAGUGGCCAGAUUUUCAACCGACACCGCCUCCUCCUCCUCGCUCUGACGAGGAGAAGAACGAGACCAGGGAGAGAGCACACAGCCUAAUCAACGCCAGAUAUUCAAACUAUCUGAUCCUGAAGAAGACGGACAUGGAGUCUGUUUUUAAUCUUUUCCAGGACAGUGAAGAAAACAAAACGCUGGUCUAUAUGCUCCUGUCAUUCCUAUUGAGGGAGUUUUUUCCCAACGAGCAUUCCCUAAAUGUGAGCGCCGCCGCCCUCCAGAAAGUGACCAACUCCACCAACUGAUCUGUGAAUCCUUAAUUGUGUUUUUAAUGGUAGUUUUUUUACAUUUUUUUUUUAUUUAGAAUAUCAAAUUAUUUAUUAAACAUCUUAAAAUGCCUUCAAAUAUUUGUGACAAUUUCUGUAUCACCGUCUGUAACACUCCUCUCUGUCGUUUUUACCUCAAACAUUUCAAAUGUACUGUGAACAUUUUGUGAAUUUCCUAUGGUUUUUAUUUUGUAUAGUUGAACUUUGUGAUUAACCCUGACUUAAAUGUGUGUGAAAUCAGAAACAUUCUUUGCAUAUUGUACUUUUAUUGUAAAACUCAGAGUUUAAAGUAAACAUUAUUGAAUAUUUACACUUUGAAUAUCACCACUUCAUGUUUAAUGUAAAAGAAUUUAAAUUUCUAAAAUGUUUUGUGUCACUUUGAGCACUUUUGUAUGGUGUUUGUUUUCUGAUUAAUUUGCCUUUCUGAUUACGUUUUAUAUAACAGAAACAUCCCACAAUCACCUAAAUCUGUCAAAGUGGACAGUACCACUAUCAAAGAAACUGUUCAAGUAAAUAACUUGAAUUUAUUUCAAAUAAAAUAUUUUAAUAAAGUUAUUUUUCAGUUAUA